AGAAAAACUGAUGCCUGCAUUCCUUGUGAAAUCUCUGAAGUAAGGCAAAAGUCAUCUGCCCAAUCAUGGAGUGGCCGCCGUUGAUUGAUGUUUUUAGGGCAAAGUCAUCUCUCUAUUGGGUUCAAAUCUGAACAAAAUUUGUAUAGAUAGAUGUUUUUUUGUUUGUGCCAGGUGUCCAAGGGAAUCCACUGUGGACUGUGGAGUUGGGGCUAAGAAUAAUAGAUGAUGGUCCAAGGUGAUGUUUAUAUUUUAAAUGGAACCAAAUUUCAUUAGGAUGCCUUUUCUAAAUUUUUCUGGAUGCACUAGGCUUACUUAUGUUAUAUUUUUAACUGCAAAAGUUUGAACUUUGAGUAUUGUCUGUGUUAACAAAACUUUAUUGCUAGAUGUGCAUGUAUUUGUUAAGUGCAUUUUAUGACUGCUAUUCUAUUACUUUUUGUGUAUAUCCUCUAGAUUAUCAGGAUUUUAUAACUGCAAAACUUUGCACCUUCUGUAGGCUUAUGGAGAUAGAGGUGGCUACAAGUAGUAGUAAUCAGAAACAUGGUAGUGGUGGCGGCGAUGGUUACCAUGAGAAGGCGAGGUAUGAUGGUGGAAGGAAGGGUGGGUACUUGGUGUGGGAGGAUCUGAAUGUGGUGCUGCCAAACUUUGGGAAUAAACCCACCAAAAGGUUGCUUCAAGGGCUUAAUGGGUUUGCUGAGCCUGGUAGGAUCAUGGCCAUCAUGGGUACUUCUGGCUCUGGCAAAUCCACUCUUCUUGAUUCUCUUGCAGGUACGCUUUGCUCUGUACUUCUUUGUUUGUUUUUAUGAUUUUUAAACUACUUGAAUAAGUUCAUUCUUAGUUAAAGGACAUUAGAUUCUGUGGAGUUUUCCUGAAUCCUGAUUUCCAUUUCAUAAACUACUGUUGGGAUUUGGGAUUAGUGCCUGCUCCUCAUUCCUCUCCAAGGAGAAGAACAAUCAAUUGCUUAAUAUAACUUUCUUCUUGUU